UACGGAAGACUCAGCCCAGGUUUCGCUCGUCAUCCAAGAUGGCGUCCCGUCUAAAGGGACGUGCAAACUUUUUGUCUCCAUUUGUGAGCGAAAAAUACGUAAACAGAAUCGCAAAACGACUCCGCGAAUUGUCAAUUCCUUUAUUAGAAUCAGGUGAUUUUACAAAAGAGACAUCAGCUGAUACACCACAACUCACAGCAUCCCACAUAGACUCCAAAGAGCUUUUCAAGAAAGAUCCUGCAAUAAUUGACAUCCCAUCUAUAUACAAGACCCUUCCAAAUGCUCACACAACGCUAGAAAAGUCCAAACCAAUCCCACGAUACCUGUGGAAGGAGACGGACAACGGGUUCCCACCAUCACCAGAAGAGGCAGGAGUUGAUAUUAAAACCUUCUUGGAGCAGAGGGAUUGUCAUGAUCGCUUACAGCAGCUUAAGGUACCAGAGUUCUGUGUUGGCAGCACAGUGGCCGUCACCAGGGCAGACAACUACGUCCCCAAAGGUCAUGUCAGAUUUGUCGGCAUCUGCAUUGCAAUGAAUCACUGGCAGAACACGCUUGGGGCUACAUUCACCCUACGCAACGUCAUUGAUGGUGAGCCGAUGGAGGUGAACUUCCAACUCUACUCUCCUGUCAUUCAGAAGAUUGAAGUUCUCAAACACGAGCGACGGGACAAGCAGGCCUUAUGGUAUCUCAGAGAUUACCCUCCAGCCCUAAGUUAUGUCAGCGAGACCAUGAAGGCACUCCCGUACAAGAAGGAUCCACAUUUGUAUGUGCAAUCAAAGGAGGAGGGACAAAGGGUUGAGAAAUGGUUUGAACAAAUCAAAAAGAGCAAAAGAAGAAGAUAAUUGAACCGAAACUGUACACUAGUAUUUACUUAAAAUAAAAAAAUACAUAAAUCUGA